GUAACUCCAGCUGGAGAUGAACUCCGCACCGCUUCUUGUCGACCCGAGCACACAAUCGGCAACCGUCGUUGCCGAAACUCAACCGUUCGGCGAUCGUUGCAUGCUGGAAUCCUUAAUUCGUCGGCCUUUCUGCAUGAAUCCACAGCUUCAGACACAUCCGUACGAUCGGCAACCGACAACUGCGCCGAGGCUUCAAAUGAUGCCACGCCGAGAUCAGACACAAAAUCCAGUGAUCGCCGAGCUCAUGAGCACCGUGACUCGUGUGAGAGAUCGGAAGCGUCAACGAGAUGAGGAGGCGAUGUACCCGCGACGAAGUGUGGGACUGCAGACCGACACUGAAGACGUCUCCGAAGUGCUCGAUGGGGGCACUCGCAUUUCCGAUAUGAAACGGGUUCGGCGCGAGGAACUGCUCGACCAAUCAUCACUCGACGGUAUCACCUUCGAAACAUCCGGAACGAACACUUCCGAUGAACCUCAUUCACAAAUAAUCACGUCAAAUUCUUCAUCUCUACCUUCAACGUCAGCAUCAUCGUCAUCAGACCGCCCUCGAGCCAUGCGCAGCAACCAGGAAAUGCGACAAGCUCGACGAGCCCGUCGCCAGCGUCAGACCCAGCACGAGUCACAGCGGAUGCAAUUGGAGCAUCGUCUUCAGCAGAUUACGGGUCCUGUUCCCGGUUCAGAACACAACUGUAUGACGGGAUGUCCACACCUUCAUCAGCAACAACAACAACAGCAUCAGCAACCGCUUCUGCAUAUCCAAUUGAAUCCAAUUCCACCUCAACCACAAACGGGUCCCAAUUCGGUGUCGCCGACGAUUGCUCCAGGAGCCAUGCUUCGUGCGCAUCCACUCGCAUCAACAUUCCCCUAUUUUUCACUGCCACUCACACAAAACUAUCCGGUGAUGAUGGUACUUCCGAUGGCAGCAGUUGCUCAACAACACGCUGCAGCCGCUGCAGCAGUAGUCGCCGUCGCGGCGGCGGCAGCGGUACCACAACCACCUCCACCACCUCCACAGCCGACGCUUCACGCUCCGGUUCCGAUUCGUCCGCAGAACAAUCCGUACAAUUUGUACGCCUUCAGAAAUUCACCUAUUAAUGUGCACGCACCAGGCUACGUUGGAGAAUACGUUGAGCUGUUCCGUUCCCAGCAAUUUCUAUUCCCGACGUCCGAGCGAUACGGAAUCGAUCGGCAUCAUAUGUUCGGUGGACUCGAUUUGGAUCUUCCAGUCGGUGCCUCGAAGGUGGAAAUCGACACAUUCACGAUUCCGACGGUGUACGCGAAGAAAACGGACGGCGAAGAGGACGAGGACACGUGUACGGUCUGCUUGAGCAGUUUUGAGGAUGGAGAGAGCAUACAAAAACUACGAUGCAAUCACGUUUUCCAUCCGGAAUGUAUUUAUAAAUGGCUGGACAUCAACAAGCGGUGCCCCAUGUGCAGGGAGGAAAUCGAUCGGCCUGAAUCUUUGAGAACACAGCCUGGUUUAUGAGUUUAAAUCCACUUUUCUUCGUUGUUUUGUCGGCUUUGAAUAUAUAAAUAUAUAUAUUUUUUCGCUUUUUACGUCUGCCUUUUUCCCCCCAGUCUCUCCCUCAUCCCCUUUGUUUUCCAGUAGGAUUUACCAUUUUUCUGAACAUAAAACUUGAAAAGUCAAUAAAAAUUUAAUUUU